GGCCGCUCUAGGCAGCUUUCGGUAGUUCCGGCGGGGCGGCAUGGAGGAGCGGCGGUACCGCUCGGCCUCGGGGGCGCCCAUCGCGCUGCGGUGCCGCCAGCACAGCGCCUCCUGCCGGGAGCUGGCGGUGCGCUGCCCCCGCCUGCAGCUCCGCUCGCUCAGCGCCGUCACUUCCGCCGUCUGGCUGGCGGCCUACGGGCUUUUCGUGCUCAGCGAGAAUAGCAUGAUGCUUUCUUCUGCUAUCUUCAUCACGUUGAUUGGCCUGAUCAUAUACCUGCACUUCGUGAAGAUUGACCAGGAAUCCCUCCUGGUCAUCGGCUCACUCGGCAUUCAGGUGACUUCAUCCUAUGCUUCAGGGAAAGAGAGCACGACCUUCAUUGAGAUGGGUCAAGUGAAGGAUGUGGUUAUCAAUGAAGCCAUCCAUAUGCAAAAAGUUAUCUACUACCUGUGCAUCCUCCUCCAGGACCCUGGGGAUCCUCAGGGAGUAUCUGAGGUUGUGCCACUCUUUCAGAGCUCCAAGCCACGUCUGGACUGCCUGAUAGAAGUAUACAAAAGUUGUCAAGAAAUCCUGGAGCAGAGGAAGACAGAGCUGCAAUCAAGUAGAGGAAAACAGUAAAAAAAAUCAAGGCAGCAAACUUGCAGCAGGACUUGGAGAGACACAUGGAAAAGGAAGCAAAACUGCCUUGUGGCCUUUUUAAUUAGAUGAGUAGCAAGUGGUGCAGCAGUACAGUGAUUUUAAGGCUGACAACCUGCACAGACCCAUAGAGUUAUUAGAGAAAAUGGCAGCUCAAGGACAGAAGCGAACCUUGAAAUCAUCUGCUAUGAAGACAGGUGAGCAGAACUUUUUCGACUCGGACAGGAAAGGUUUUUCCUUGCCUCUCCAGAAAAGAAUUAUGGGAAAUAGGGCAAAGGGAGGCAAGAACAUGCAUCAAACAUUUACUCUUUUUUAUAACGUAAUUUGGGCUGGACUGACAAAAGUAUGCUUUUGUUUGCUUCUAUUUAACCUUUUGUUUGAAAAAGUGUAUACCAUUCUACAUACCAAAGCUGAUGUGUGGGCUGGGCUGGUGACUUCAUGAUCCACAGGUGAAUUUCAGAAAGAAAAAUAACAGAAAAUUAAAAUAUACUGUUGCAUUCAAUGAUGUUUAAUGAAAUAAACAUAGGAGAGCGGGCUUGGGCCUCUUCAGGGAUCUGCUUGAAAGAGUCCCAGGGGAUGGGGCCCUAGAGGGAAGAGGGGUCCAAGAAAGCUGACUAUCAAGGAUCAUCUCCACCAAGCUCAAGAAGAGUCCAUCCCAGUGAGCACAAAGUCAUGCAAAAAUGCCAGGAAUCCUGCAAGGAUGAACAAGUUGCUCCUGGCAAACCUCAGACACAAGAAGGAAGUGUACAGAGACAGGUAACCUGGCAGGAACACAGCAACACUGCCCAAGAUGUGGUUAGGAAAGCCAAAGCCCACCUGGAGUUGAAUCUGUUGAGAGAUGUCAAAGGCAACAAGAGGAGCUUCUGUAAGUACAGAAGUAGCAAAAGGCAGAUGGGGAAGAUGUGUUGCUGAAUGGGCAGGGAUGUGGUGACACAGGACAUGGAAAAGAUGAGGCAUUUAAAGGGCCAAAUCAAUUGCUCUGAGAAUAUGAGGAAAAUGUUUUGUUGAAAACAAUGGCAAUGACUAUGUGAAUAAAGCUUUAUUGUCCUGUGCUCUUCAGAGUAACAUAAAGUUGGGAAAUUCUUCCUUGCUGCUGAGCUAAAAGUUACUGUAACCUUGAACUGGUAUUUUUCUCUUUUUUUUUUUUUUUUCCCCCCACAACUCCUUAGUAAUGUAACAGACACAACUGAAAUGUCAAAACAAGAGCUAAACCAGCAAGUUGGCAGGAGCCAUGGGGUCCUGCUUAAUUUGCAUACAAUGCUGUACAAUACUUUACAUAAUCUGUAAUUAAAACAUGUGGCAACAUACCAUCCUGUAA